ACGCUGGUUGACUUCCUUCAUAAACCGGAAAUGAUAAAGACGAAUAACCUGACCUUCCGCGGUAGGUUACCUCUGCAAGCAUGGCGGCCCGAGCACUGACGAAAGGACUGUUGGGGCUGCGGCUGCUGCGAGCUGUCACCCCCGGGCCCUCAUGUGGAGGACAUCAGUAUGCUACUGCUACGUCUGCGAAACCUGUUCAACCUGUACAUGAGGAUGUUACAGAGAAGAUCAUGAGCCUGUCUCUGGAGAAACCCGACUUCUUCCGUGUGGCGGAGCUCUUCUCCUGCAAAGACCUGUUCGACGCCAGAGUUCAUCUGGGACAUAAGAGAGGUUGCAGGCACAGCCUUAUGGAGCCUUACCUCUACGGCUGCCGCUUGGACCAAGAUAUAAUCGAUCUUGACCAGACUAUGGAGCACCUUCAGCAGGCCCUGAACUUCACUGCCCACAUAGCGUACCGUGGCGGCGUCAUACUGUUCAUCAGCCGCUGCCGUCAGUUCGGCCACCUGGUGGAGACCACUGCUAAGGACUGCGGGGAAUACGCCCACACGCGGUACUGGCAGGGUGGUCUCCUCACCAACGCCCCCAUCCAAUACGGUCCAGGCGUUCGCUUACCAGACCUCAUCAUCUUCCUGUCCACCCUCAACAACGUGUUCCAGCAGCACGUGGGCAUCAGAGACGCAGCCAAGAUGAACAUUCCCACAGUGGGUGUGGUGGACUCGAACUGUAACCCCUGCCUCAUCACGUACCCCUUGCCUGGGAAUGAUGACACUCCGGCUGCCAUGGAGCUGUACUGUCGCUUAUUCAAGAUGACCAUCAGCCGUGCCAAAGACAAAAGGAGACAGAUGGAGCUACUGCACAGCCUCACUGCUCCCUCCACGCCCAGUUCAUGACAUCAUAUCUUCUAAUAUAAGAGACAUUAAUAAUUGUGUAUUAAUGAGUUAAGACUGGCUGCUGCUCCCAUUCAUCAUCUAUAUAUAGAAAAGCUCUUAUAUCGGUGUAUGUGGCCAAGUUGAAUAAGCCACAGUGCUGUCUUUGUAUAAAAUCUGCAGUUGUUUCCGUGACAUCAGCGUCUCGUCGAAUCACAUUUUCCCCGUACUAGACCUGUAAGAGAUGAGUGAUGUUGCAGACGGUUUGUGAAGUUAUAAAGUAUGUUGUGCAUCACUGUUGACUUCUAACAUCAGGCAGCACUUUGUGUUACUGCCAUAUUCACACUCACAUGCUCUAGAACAUAACGUUAUUAACUCAAUAUAACAAAAUCUCAACUAUUUACGCAAUAGAGCAUCAUUUGAAACAAAAGAUUUUCUAUGGUCACAUAUUGUAUAGCGUCAUUGGCUUUAAGACUUGUUCUAGCUAGUGUGAAAUAUGUUAUGAGUUCUCUUCAUGUGUAUUAGCUCUCCAAGCAAUAUGUACUGGUGCACACAGUAAAUAUAAGACCACACAUUGAGUCAUUUUCAACACUGUAUGUGCUGCAACAUGUCAACAACAAAUUGUCAUAAAGCCUUUAAAUGAAUAAAUGAAUAUUGUGUGUAUUG